AUGGCGUGGCACCGCGACACUCAAGUGUCGAGUACCUGGUUCAGCAAUCUACGAACAUGCACGCACCGCUCUGAAGGAUCGACUCACGGGUGUCGAAGCGUUUUGCUAGCCGGGCAGUGUCAGUUGGCUAUCCGGGCAAUGUUGAGUACCGCGGGGCCAAGACGAUCACCAUCUUUGACCAGUAUCACCGGUGGCUAUUAUAUCACAUACGUGGAACACCGCGGUGCGAAGACCAUCACCAUUCACGACGCCAUUCACUCCCUUCGUCGCCUCGGGGCACCAAUCUACGGCUUCGAUCCCGAGACCUACCAUGCUACCAAGAAGUCCCAAGAAGGCUAA